AUGAAUUCCGAAAAUCAAGAUCCCUUUAAAGAUCCGCUCCGUAUUAAAGCGCCAGUGAUAACGUUCCCGCCCCGCCCACCUUACACUGUUCAAGACAGGGUUGCUGUACUCAAGCGUAUGCUUAACCCAAGCGAUUCUUUAUACGUCGAAAACCAAGUCAUAAAUGUGCAACUCAUCAUAGACCUUUACGAGAAAGGUGCUCUCACGUUGAGCGACACUAUACGUGUCUCAGAUGGCCGGGUCGUUGCUAGUCUCGAGGAAUCCCGUGCCGGAGGGAAACCGUCCUUCCUUGAGUGCGGAGGGCGAGUAUUACCAUGGUACCUGCCCGAUCUUUCUUCGAUUUUGGUUAAGUUGGCCGGUGGCCAGUACGAGACUCUGGUCAGUUACUAUAUGGAGCUUCAAUUAGAGGAUACGAAUUCUGCUCCGUUCGGCCCUUGGUUCCUAGAAAGAGUGUUUCAGCGAGAUACGCAACACGACACGGACCGCCUUUCAGGCGCCAUGCUACGCCAGCAAUUCUUUAUGGGUACGGGGCCUAAUAACCCCGAGCUAAGUGUCGCCUGUACUAAGGGUGGUAUGGCCUCGGGUCUCGUUGCUUGA